ACCAUUGCCUCUUUUCCUCAAUCUCUUUAUUCGCUUCAACGCCUAUAAUCCUCCCUUACUAUAUCUCUUCCUAAGUCUUCUUCUGUCCUCUACUGCUCCACUGUCCUCCAUUGUACUUUUUCUCUUCUCUUUUCUUCUUUUUUCUGCUCAUCUUAAACCACGUAUAAAUAUCAUGGCCUCAUUUCCUCUGUCUCAUAAUUCAUUCCCUUGUAACGCCUUUGCUUCUUGAUUAUCUGCUAUCUUUUUCUGCUUUUUCUGUUUCUCUUUCCUCAGUGCGCCUUAUCCUAAUCCUCAUUUUCUCUUGAUAUUCGUUCUUAUUCGUCUUCUUUUUCUACUUAUCUUUCCUCAGUGCGUCUAUUUCUAUCCUUAUUUUGUCACGUUACUCGCUGGUGAUUGCACGGUGAGGAUGGAAGGCGCGGUGAGAUUUUCGUCGUUAUUGUAAGACAUUUUCGCUUCUCACAUCACCUAUUUCUAAAGGUCAAAGAGGGGGUCAGUCGGGUUCUAAUGAGUGUCUCUUCUGGUUCACGGUACAGAGGAACGGUCAAACUACCACGUACCAGGGUCAUAAAACUACUCCUGGAAAUGCCCCAACCUCCUACGAAAGCCUUGUCAAAUAGGUGUUCUUGGGCCACGAAAUGUCUUAUAAUAUGCGACCCCAUGUGUGCUUCAAACUUUUCGAACGGUGAGCUCAAGUCUUAUUUGUAAGCCUCACCUCUCUAUAUAACUACCCAUUUGGAAGUCUCUCUCUCUCUCUCUCUCUCUCUCUCUCUCUCUCUCUCUCUCUCUCUCUCUCUCUCUCGUACCAUUUUGUGUCUCGUUAUCAAUACGAGAGGAAGCGACGGCCUAGACAGUGACAGAGUAAUGGCAUAACCCGUGAGACGGCUGUUGGACACGUUGACAGCCGAGGGUCAAGACAGCUGCGCAGGAUGGCGGCGACGUGCAUCAUGAAGCAGGUGGAGGAGCGUCAUGUGGCCAACGAGAUCACCAAGUGCAUCUGGUCGCCCAAGAUGGACCUGGUGGCCAUCGCUAACAUCAAGGGUCAGGUGGCGAUGCACAGGCUCUCGUGGCAGCGGGUGUGGGUCAUCAGCUCACCGGGAGAAGGGGUCAAGGUCACAGGGCUGGCGUGGCGACCUGACAGUAAGAUCCUGGCCGUCGGCUACUCAUCUGGGGAGGUGGUGCUGGUGGACAUCGAGGACAGCAGCUCCGUGCACAGGCUGAACGUGAAGGCCGAGGUGACGUCCCUCAGCUGGGCCGCCCACAUGCCUGAGGAACCCACCAAGGAGGACACAAUAUUUCAGGACACCUCCGACAGCUACCUUCCCCCAUUGCCGUCCCUCUCCAAGACUUACACAGGAGGCACCGGGGAGGACCAGGAGGAGGGCUGGCAUGAGGGGCGCCUGCUGAGGGACCAGACCUGCCUCACACUCCUCACGGUGGGCACUGCCGCUGCUGCUGUCCACCUCUACGCCUUUGGCCUCUUCCACUGUGCCACCGUGGAGCUUGGUGACACAGUGCCAGGUGCAGGGCCAGUACUGGAUGCCACACCCUCCCAUGACCUGCAUUUGCUCAGCUGUAUGUUAGAGCGGCAGGCUGGGGCAGGGCGAGAGGUGGUCCAUGCCACGGUGGAAACCUUUGUGCUGUCCUGCCGCCACCGAGAGCUGCAUGCCCUUGCCCGGCGGUACGGCCAGAUCCUGGGGCUGAUGAGCUAUGCCAGCCACACCCUCACACUACUUGAGGAGGCCUGGGAGAGCAUCUUGCUGGAGCUUGACCACAAACUGGCCGAUUAUGCUCGCAUGGUGCCCGAGGGAGGUGUAGCGGCAGACUUCCUGGAGCUCCUGGUGUUUGGCCGCACCUCCUCGGAAUUUGAGGUUUUCCUGUCUAAUGAACUGACUGAAAAGGGCCUGAAAAAGCUGGGCCACUCCAUUGAGCUGAGCUACUCCAACAUCCAGAAACUGGUGUUGAGAAAUGUACAGGCGGUGGGCCAGGCGUUGGUGCACCAGCUGAGUGCAUUGAUGGGUCUGGCUCGCUGCCACGACCGCUUUGGGAUGCUGGGGGUGGGAGUGGAGGAGGAGGCGGUGGGGCGGGCUGUGCAGGAGGCCGGUGCUUUUGUUCUCAAGGCGGUGGAGCUGCAGCAGGUGAUAGACGCUGCCAUGACCACCUUCAAGGCAUUCCUGCGCUGGCUGUACGUGGUGGUGCAGCGGGCGCGGGGCGAGGCCGUUCCGGAGGACAUGACCCGUGGCACCCAGCAGGACCUCACCUACAUCGCAGAGUUCCUCCAUGAUGGCCUGGAGGACACCCCCACCAACCCUGCUGCUGCACAGGGCGAGAGGCGGCCACGGUUUCGUCUGGAGCGUGUUGGCCAGUACCUGAAGGAUGCGCCACUCUCCUGUCCUCCAGAGUCCGGCCCCAACCCCUGGGUGGCCUUCCUGGAGAAGCACCCGACCCUGGCCACACACCCCAUCAUCUUCCCGCACCACCGCGACCGCUCCCUCAUGCAGGAACGCAACAACCUGGCCAAUGUGUUGGAGGACAUGGCCAGCCAGCCCUGCGUGAUCAGCGAGGCGAUCAGCGUGGCCUCCUGGGUGCCCAUCGUGGGGGUAGAGGAGGGUGCAGCGGUUGGGGUGAGUCAGAUAAGCUGCCCAAGAGACUCUGCCGUCUACACCGUGGUGCUGCCCAGCCCUGGCCAGUCCACGCUCUACUUGGCCCGUUGGCCCACCACGCCUGAGUCUCUGGUCCGUGCCCCGUUAGGGCAGAGACCUGCCCACCAUGUGGAGGCUAUGCCUUUUGUGUUUUCACGACUGGAUGGUGUCUUGGAGUGGCUCUCAAGAUCAGACGCCUGCCAACUCCUGCUAAAGCUCAUGGGUGCCCAAUUCUACACUGAGGAAACUCUGUCCGUCCUGGCUCAGGACCCGGCUGACCCCCGUGUGGCUCUCUUCAUCCAGCUCUGGGUGUUGGCUGCAGCAGGAGAGCUCAAACCGCUUGCUAUGUGUGGAGACCGACCACUUGCCGAGGCCGGGAUCCCACCCCGUGAUGCUGCAGCGCUGGUGGACGCCAGUGGCUUUCGGCGGCUGGAGGGCGGCCCACUCGCUGCCUUGGCUGUGUCAGGCUCCAGAAAAGUUGCUCUCCUCCUCUCAGAGAACAGACGACGUGUAAGGCUGUUUGAAAUGGAGGUGGAUGAAGAUGACGAUGAUGACGAGGAUGAGGACACUGCUGCCCAGCACGAGUCCAUCAUGAAUGCCUCGGGUGCAUCCGAUGAUCAGGCCGAUGCUCUGUAAUGUAAGGACAGUUAAAAAUUUUGUAUAAAUAAACAAACAAAUUUA